AUGAAUACUUGUAUUUGUUGUCAUUUUCAGGGUCGUACGAAUAAACUUGUGGAUAGUUGUUAUAGCUUUUGGCAAGCGGCCGUCUUCCCGAUGAUGCAAGUUGAGUUAGGAAAACGUUCAACAAGCGAUACCUACGAAGAGCCAUUCGAUGCGAAAGCGCUGCAGGAAUUUGUUCUGGUGAUGGCACAAGAUCAAGAGAACGGAGGAUUUAGGGAUAAGCCCGAUAAAGUAAGAGAUUUGUAUCAUACGUGCUAUGCACUGAGUGGUUUAGCAAUCGCACAGACUUAUACACCAAAUGAUGUGGUUGGUGGAGCGAAUAGCCGAUUGGUGAGUUAUUUGUUAUUAGUGUUAAUCUUGAUAUCCAUUUGUGAAUGUUGCCCAAACAUGAGAAGGAAAUUGUUUGAAGUUCAUAAGAAAACAUACUUUAUUUCAGGGCUCCUUCAGUUUUUGACAUUCAUUUUCAAAACGAAAUUUGUUUCAUUCUCACGAGUGACUUUUUUCAUUCUUGAAUUUUUAUAA